AUGUCGUCUGAAGCAGAUAAACUCGCAGAGUCUUUGAGAAAUAUUGCAAUUAGUUGCAUGCCAAUUGAGCAGAGAAUCAAUCUCGGAGAGCAAGACCCCUCUUUCCGUCAAGAAGAAAGUCAAGUUCCAUAUCAAAUUCAAAUGGUUCACAUCGAUUAUAAACCAAGACGCAUUGAAAUUAAUAUCGACAAACACUCAUUCGUUUUGAGACCUCAACCAGAAUCCGUGAAAGUCGUUGUCUCGAAUAAUGGAUUGAUCCAAGGAUUCAAUAUGCCAUCUGGAAUGACUCUCGACGAUUCUUUGAAGAAAAUCACUGAUUAUUUCUUGGGAAGACCUGGAACAAAAAUCAAUCAAUUGCUCAUUUCGUCAGAGGACGUUCUGGAGAAGUGUGUUGUUCCAGAAUUGAUUCAUCAAAGAUACAUAUGCUAUGACAGCAGAAAUCUUGAGAAAGCUCUUGUCAUCAAGUGUCCAGAGUCUUUCGUUUUCGCUUCUCGUUUUGGAGUUGAUAUGAUUAGAACUGUCUAUCAGCAAUUCAAAACUCUCAACUACACUGCUGGAAUGGCUCUUGAGAUUGGAACCGGUGGAAUUGAGUCCAGAAUCUUCCCGAGAGCAAUCGAAGCUCUCCAAGAUCUCAAUCCAAAACUCGGAGUUCAACCAAAGCAUGAAUGUUAUGAUUUGGAAUGCACUCGUCCAGAUGUUGAAUACGCAACUCAUCUUCAAUGUCUCGUCUUCGACGUAGAAGGAUCCGAUUGUGAGCUCGUCGUCUGCCUGCCAGAUUUCGUUCGCAUUCCAGUCAUCUUCGGAGGUGAUAUCAGUCACGUCGUUCGCUUCAAAAUGAUCCAAAAGGGAACAACUGCAAUCUGCAGUGAAGAUAACUGGCUCAGUGUUUUUGAUGUCGAUGGAUUUAUCUCUUUCGUCAACAUGGCUGUCUAA